GCUGCGGCCGAAUCUUCCGAAAGACCUUCGACGGCCAGAGACAGAGAAGUAGAGUGUGAGAAAUGGUGAAGAAAACCACCGAGUCGAAGGAAGGAGCUUCUGCUGAAAGCACCAAAGAGGCCUCUGAGAAGUCAAUAAUCUUGAAACCAAAGGUAUCGGCGAAGACGAAGAGGGCGGCGAAACCCAAAGCCAAGCCAAAGAAGAAAACAAAGAAAGAGGACGCCAAUAAGCCCAGAAAGCCCCCAACUGCUUUCUUCUACUUCUUGGAAGAUUUUCGUAAGGAAUUCCAAGAGAAGAAUCCGGAUGUGAAGUCGAUGCGUGAUAUUGGCAAGGCAUGCGGAGAGAAGUGGAAAACAAUGACCUAUGAGGAGAAGGUUCAAUACUAUGACACAGCCACAGAGAAAAGAGCCGAGUUUGAGGAGGCCAUGCAGGAGUACAUCAAGAGGAAGGAAAGAGGUGAGGAUCAAGAAAGUGAAAGUGAGGAUUCGGAUUAUUGAAGCAUGAUGGUUUGAUAGGUGGAAGGUGAUCAAAGUAGGAUCAGAAGUUACUGACAGAGGUGUAUAUUUAGUUCAUAGGACAGAAAUGCUUCUCAUCGCAUUGAAGUUAUGCUCUUCUGUAACAUUGUCAUUGUAUAUUAUUGCUCAUAUAUUAGAAUUAGGGUGAGCAAAAUUCAUUUAUUUGGACUUACCAUAAUUGAAAAGCUAUCACCACGGAUCGCUUUA